AUGAUCGCCAAUAGAACACAAUCGCUGAACUAUGGCUGCAUUGUGGAAAACCAUGAGACAAAUGAGGUGCUCCAUUUUGUGGAGAAACCCAGUACUUUUGUAAGUGACAUUAUCAACUGUGGUAUCUAUUUGUUCACACCAGAUAUUUUUGGCCAGCCACAUUGGGUUUUCCAGAAGAACCAGCAAAUCCAGGAAGAGCUCACUAAUGGCAAGCAGAUGCCAGAGGUGAUUCGGCUAGAACAGGACAUCUUUACAACCCUAGCGGGACAGAAAAAACUUGUUGUCUACAAAACACAGCAUUUCUGGAGUCAGAUAAAGUCUGCAGGGUCAGCAAUAUAUGCUAGUCGUUUGUACCUCAAGCAGUAUCAUCAGUCACAUCCUGAGAGACUGGCCACAAACCAAGACGGAACCCCCAAAAUUAUAGGAGAUGUUUAUAUCCACCCAACAGCAAACAUUGAUCCCUCUGCUGUGUUGGGUCCUAAUGUUUCCAUUGGCAAAGGAGUGAUAAUUGGAGGAGGCGUAAGAGUGAGGGAGUCCAUCAUUUUACAUGGAGCCGUGUUACAGGAUCACUGUUGUGUGUUGAACAGUAUUGUUGGGUGGGACAGUACAGUGGGGAAAUGGGCAAGAGUAGAAGGAACUCCAAGUGACCCCAAUCCCAACGACCCAUAUGCCAAGAUUGACAGCGAGACACUGUUCAGGGAUGGAGGUCUAACCCCAUCCAUCACCAUCCUUGGCUGCAAUGUGAGUAUUCCAUCAGAGGUCAUCAUUCGAAACUCUAUCGUCUUGCCUCAUAAAGAUCUGAACAGGAGCUUCCAAAACCAGAUUAUCCUAUAGAAGACACUUUCCUCUCUCGUUUUUCUAAAUAAACACUGUACAUUGGGUCAUGUAGAAAGUAUGCCUAAAGAUUGCACAAAGUAUUGUUUAUCAUUAUUUCAUGUUUAUGUAUUCGGUAGUUACAGUUCAGAGAAAAGGAGUCCACUUGUGUGGUCAAAUUGUAUUGCAGUAAUAUAGCGUGAAAAAUAUGGUUCAAUGGUGUAUUUUCCUAAUAAUUUUAGGACUGGGAAUUUUGUAUUUAAUAGCUCAUUCUAUGUUGAUACCUUAUACACAUACAGUAACACAACACUAGAUUUUACUUUUAUUUUAGUUUUAUUCCUUAAUUACAAAUCACACAUACCUGUAUUGCCUUUUCAGUAAAAUGAGGAGUGAGCAAUUAAGUAGUUUUUAGAAACUGACAGAUGGUGAAAAGAUGGUGAUAAGGUUUAGUUAAAAAAAAAAAAAAAAAAAAAAAAAGGUUAAGGAUUUUAAUUAUUCCUGUUUUCUAUUGCAACCCUGUAUUAAAA